GCAGCUCUGACGGGCUCUGCUGCCGCCUGGGCAAGCCCUGCCGGACGCAGAAGCCGCAGAAGCCGUGGUGGCAGGACGAGUGGGAGGUGCCGCGGGAGUCACUGAAGCUGGUGGAGAAGCUGGGAGCGGGGCAGUUCGGAGAGGUCUGGAUGGGUUUCUACAACGGGCACACAAAGGUGGCAGUGAAGAGCCUGAAGGCUGGCAGCAUGUCCCCCAGUGCCUUCCUGGCCGAGGCCAACCUGAUGAAGAAGCUGCAGCACCCGCGGCUGGUGCGGCUCUACGCCGUGGUCACCAAGGAGCCCAUCUACAUCAUCACCGAGUUCAUGGAGAAGGGCAGCCUCGUGGAUUUCCUCAAGACAUCGGAAGGAGUCAAGCUCAGCAUCAACAAACUGCUGGACAUGGCAGCGCAGAUUGCUGAAGGCAUGGCCUUCAUCGAGGCCAAGAAUUACAUCCACAGGGACCUGAGGGCCGCCAACAUCCUCGUCUCGGACACUUUGUGCUGUAAAAUUGCCGAUUUUGGGCUGGCCCGGCUCAUCGAGGAUAACGAGUACACGGCUCGGGAGGGGGCGAAAUUCCCCAUUAAGUGGACAGCACCCGAAGCCAUAAACUACGGGACGUUCACCAUCAAGUCGGACGUGUGGUCCUUCGGGAUCCUGCUCACCGAGAUCGUCACCUACGGCCGGAUCCCGUAUCCAGGGAUGACCAACCCCGAGGUGAUCCAGAACCUGGAGCGCGGGUACCGGAUGCCGCAGCCGGACAACUGCCCCGCGGAGCUGUACGAGCUGAUGAGGCAGUGCUGGAAGGAGAGCCCCGAGGAGCGUCCCACCUUCGAGUUCAUGAAGAGUGUGCUGGAGGAUUUCUUCACUGCCACCGAGGGCCAGUACCAGCAGCAGCCCUGAGGGCCUCACAGCCCCGCUUUGGGGUGCUGGAGGUGCCCCACGUCCCCACAGACCCCAUGGACAUCACCCUGGCUUGGGGGUGAACUCUGCCUGGGAAGAUUUGAAGCGCUCCAGGCUUGGGAGCAGCAGAUUUCUCCCCUUCAGGAGGGGAUGGACGGCCAAAGCAGACCCCCAGAAGUUGGGGGAUGGCACAGGGGGCUCUGCUGGUGCCCGGAGGGUGCCCACCCUGCCGUCCCUGCGUUUUCCAGGGGGCAGAUCCAGGCUCCAGCCCCUCAGGAGCUGCUCUGGGGUCGCCUCACCCGGCUCUGGCCGUGCCCCCUUCACCCCCGGUGAUGGCAGGAGCCCCCCAGCAGCGCUGGCCACUGCACCCCUCGGCUGUGGGACGCUCCUUCUCCCCCCUCGGCGUUUGCAGGACCUGUCCCACACCAAUUUUGGGGAAAUAAAGGCCUUUUCAGCGGCGGGGA